UUUUUUUAGGGGGUUAAAGGCUGCCAUCAGGGAUUUAAAACAUCUAGAGCCACCGGAGAAACAGCAGAUAUAUUAUUACAUUCCAGUGCUUUCAACUCCAUGUCCACCAUGAAGAUAAGUUUUGUUCUGCUCCUGUGUCUUGCUGGUGUUGUCCCAGUCACCAUGCAAAAUUUCCGGCAUGAAUAUUUUAUGAUAACAACACCUUCGACAUGGGCAGAUGCAAAGGCGUACUGCAAAAGCAAUUAUCUUAACCUGGCAACAGUGCAGACAGACGAUGACUGGUACAGGUUGAACGCUGCAGCAGAAAGUAAAGGUCUGGCAGCAACUGGCUGGGUUGGACUGUUCGUCAUUGUCACUGACUGGUACUGGUCCAAUAAAGUGAUCUAUCUGAUGAAUAACACUGCAACCUUCUGGGCCCCUGGACAGCCUGAUAAUUUAGGUGGAAAGGAAGCAUGUUGUGCUAUAGACUCAACUGGAUCCUGGGCAGAUUAUCCCUGUACAGAUUUAAAACCCUUCAUAUGUUUCAAUGCUGCCACAGGAGCGAUUUUUCAAUACACUAUUCUCAUGAGCUGGUGGGGAGGUCAGACUUAUUGCCGAAUACAUCACACAGAUUUAGCCAGAGCCAUCACUAGCACACAAAACAGUCAGUUACAACAAGUUGCGGCAACCCAGGGCACUUCUUGGUUCGGCCUAUUUAGGGACAUUUGGUUGUGGUCGGAUUGGGCCACGCCUUCUCUACUCCGGUGGGGUCCUGGCUUACCAAAUAAUGUUGAUCACAAUGACAACUGUGCUAUGACAACUAACAACCAGUUAGUGGAUCGACAAUGCAACAACCUGUACAAUUUCUUCUGUCACAUGCAGUAUAAAGUGAAAUAUCAAGUAGUAAAACUGCAGAUUCAAGGUGACGAGAGUGUGUUUGAUCCUGUUGUUCAGUCAGCCAUUUUACAGCAGGUCUUGCAGAAACUAACAGAACAUGGCAUAACAAGGGAGACAAAGGUGACCUGGAGGGUGCACCCAGAUGGAUACGUCUUUCACAAGAAACAUAUCAGUAGCCUGAUAAGCAAGUGAUGAAAGUUUCUUCAGCAUUUCCAUGUCACGGUGGCUUAUUGUUGUGUAACAGCAUUAUAUAUCCAAUCGGUUUGAUUUGCAUAGCACUUUUAGUGGCAGACAUUAUCACCAUCAGCUUUAUAGAAACUGUAUAAUGUAGAUUUUGGUUCCCCUAAGUCCUUGUAUUUCCACUCAGCUUGUCUUUCAGAAUAAUUUUGGAGCUAAAUUACUAUCAGGGGUAGCUAGUUGCAACAUUUUUUUAAAUCAAAUGUCUCAUGAAUCUCUUUAAUGCAGCUUGUAUAUGUUAACCACAGAAUAUGCAUAUAGAAUAGCCUACUUCUAACUAGCCUAAUAGCCUACUUCACAAAAUUCCAUGCAAAAAUGUACUGCAGAAUGGCUUGUUAGUGUUUUUGGGAAUGUCUUCAAUCAGAGAAGUUGCCAGGUCAAACUUUGCGGCUCAAGCCUACUUUGAGGCUAGCCCUGAAUGUUUUCAUUAAAAUUUUAGUUUCAUAGAAAAGUUCCAAAGUCCACAAAUGGUGGUUUAAAAAACAUUUAGACAAUUUCUUAAGCUUGAAUGAAUACACAGAUAUGGACCAUUAUGUAACAGGUAACUUGAAUGCAUAAAAUAAAGAGUAUUUAAAACAAUUGAAUGGAAGCCAAGAAGAAUAAUAUCUAAAAAAUAUAUAUAUAUUAUUAAU